CCGGCCCAGUCCCUGCGUCCAUCUGUGCUGUGCUGUGCUGUGCUGUGCCUAGCCAGCGCCAAGAAGAUACUUUUCAUCACCAACCCGGCCGGCCACCGUGGGAGCUGAGAACGCGGCGGCGGCGCCAUGGGGAGGCCUCCGUGCUGCGACAAGAUGGGCGUCAAGAAGGGGCCCUGGACGCCGGAGGAGGACCUCAUGCUCGUCUCCUACAUCCAGGAGCACGGCCCCGGGAACUGGCGCGCCGUGCCGACCAACACCGGGCUGAUGCGGUGCAGCAAGAGCUGCCGGCUUCGGUGGACCAACUACCUCCGGCCGGGGAUCAAGCGCGGCAACUUCAACGACCAGGAGGAGAAGCUCAUCGUCCACCUCCAGGCGCUCCUCGGCAACCGUUGGGCGGCGAUAGCGUCCUACUUGCCCGAGAGGACGGAUAACGACAUCAAGAACUACUGGAACACCCACCUCAAGAAGAAGCUCAAGAAGAUGCAGGACGCCGGUGGGGGUGGGCACGACGGCGGCUCGGAGGGCGCCGGCGUCACCAAGGCGGCCGCCCCCAAAGGGCAGUGGGAGCGCCGGCUGCAGACGGACAUCCACACUGCGAGGCAGGCCCUGCGCGACGCGCUCUCUCUAGAGCCCUCACAGCCCACCGCGAUGGCGGUGCCGGCGCUGCCGACGCCUCCGGGGUCGGUGACGACGUACGCGUCCAGCGCGGACAACAUCGCGCGCCUACUGGAGGGCUGGAUGCGCCCCGGGAGCAGCAGCAAGGGGCCGGAGGCGUCGGGGUCCACCUCCUCCACCACGGCGACGACCCGCCAGCAGCCGCAGUGCUCCUGGGACGGCGCGGCGUCCGCGUCGGCCAGCCACAGCGGCGGCGCGGCCGGGGCGGCAGCAGCGCAGACCCCCGAGGGCUCGACCGAGACGAGCAAGCUGGCGGGCGCCGGCGCCGGCGGAGCCCCGCCGGCGUUCUCCAUGCUGGAGAACUGGCUGCUGGACGACGGCAUGGGCCACGGCGAGGCGGGACUCAUGGACGACGUGGUGCCACUAGGGGACCCCAGUGAGUUCUUCUAAAGUACGGCGCGCGCGUACCAACCGGGAAUUGAUCGACUAGAGCAAGAACAAGAAUUUAAGAACGGCGUGAUCGCCGCCGAUCGGGUAGCUGAGCAGAAACAAGAAAAGGCCGGGGCUUAGAUCGAGCUGGGUGUCGAUCCAGUUUGCUUAAUCGUUCUAGAUUUUAAGUAGUUGCUCUUUCCGAUGUUAAUUAGGGUUUGAAACUGAUCAUGCAUGCAUGGAUCGUGCAGGAGGGAUAAAGAAAGGAAUGUACAUCUUAUAAAAGAAAGAUCUAUAUAGAUGCUUAAUUUAUAAAUAUUUACUUAGAGUA